ACUGUCUCGAUUGACGUAGAGCUGAUGAAUGCAGAACAACAAGUACAGCAACAUCCUUUACCACGUUACCACAUCCGAAUACUUUGCUCUCGAACGCCCUUCAAGAUCAUAAUCCCACCUCCUCGCUUCAAAAGUUGAACAAUUGAUCGGCGAAGUACUUCAGAAUCAUCUGGAAUGUCCCACAUCGAAGAAGUGAAAAGCCUCGGGAUUGAAGCACUGAUUGACAGACAUUGGGAUGAUGUCGUCAGUUCGGAAGAGAUGGCCGAUACCGUAGUUUUCACCCAACAAAGUCGCGUUCUGCAUAAGGACAAUGAUUUCUGGACCGAUUACAAAGUCUUUUGCAAGCGGAUGAUCCCGAUCAUCAAGGAGUAUGUAAAGGUCCUCAACACCCAUCUCGCUACACAAAAGAAUCUGAAUGGAGGAGACCGAGAGGCUGCUCUCAGAGUUAAAGGUGUGAUUGGACUCGAAUGGAACAGGAUGGCAAAGAUUGUUGGGCUGUCAACUGCUUGUGAAAGGAUACUCACUACGAAGACUGGGCACAUGGUUCCCAACCAGCUUGGAGAGCGCAAGUUUUCUAAACUUCUCCGGGAUUAUUACAGCUCCGACAAGAAUCCUGAAAACCCGCUCCAGUCGAUCUACUACUCUCUUCUGUUCUGGGUUCAGCAAAUCAAGGAUAACGUCGUCGACUACACCGAGGAUAACGACGACGAGGACGGUGCCGAUGUCGCUGUUGAUGAUGACGACAUCUUUAAUCCUUGAUUGAACGUGCUUCCAUUAUGAGCCACGGUACGACUGCUUUCAUGACUGUUGGAUAGAUUUUGCUCUCGACCCGCAAUACAAAACAUGGCCAUGGUAACCGCAACACCUACAGUAACUACAAGGUUGUGAUUUAGACACGUGUCAUGAACUAUAGG